AUUCUCUAAAUAACCAGGCCCACAUAAGAACUUUCGUUCCCAAAUCCCACGAGGCUCGCAUACAUAAACCCCACCCUUCCCAAUUGUCGGCCUAAGUUCCUAAUGUCAAACACGGUCCCGUUGAAGAAAACCCCCACCAAGCAAGCCUCAACCACCAUCUUUCCCAUUCAGCACUGCGAUAAAUUGAACAAAACCUCAAUUUAAUCCUGUUAGGUCUUAUAAUAAUUGAACAAAAAAAUAAAGAAAAAAUGAUAAACCUAUCAGCUACCCCACCACAUCGCAGCGGCGACAACUUUCGCUCUCACCACCACUAGCCAACCUCCUCUAUUUCUUUUUCCCAUGUUUUUGAUUCAACUAAAUAAAAUUCCACAUUGGGUUUUUCUUUGAUUCUUGAGAAAAAGACAAUAAACACCUAAGUCAAGUCAAGGGUUUGUUAGCCACUAUAUAAUUUAAUCACUACUGCAUCGUUACCGGUCCAUAUUAAUCAUCUUCUCUGAUAAUUAACAAAACUAAACAAUGUCAGGUGCAGGCGAAGGUGAAGCAGAAGACAUCUCCACCGUUGAUAACUAUCAGCGCCUCCAGAUUGCACCCAACCCUGACGGCACCAUCACCCGCUUGGCCAAAUUCCCAGAAAGCCCACCCACGUCCGAUCCCAAGCUUCCCACCCCAGUUCUCUCCAAAGACAUCCCCAUCAACGAAUCAAAAAACACCUGGGUUCGAAUCUAUUUGCCCCGCCACGCACUGGAUCAUUCCUCCUCCUCCAAGUUACCUCUCGUCGUUUUUUACCAUGGUGGAGGCUUCAUUUUAUUCAGUGCAGCCUCAACCAUAUUCCACGAUUACUGCGUCGGCUUCGCCACUGAUGUUCCCGUCAUCAUCGCAUCGGUCGAGUACAGGCUCGCUCCAGAGCAUCGCCUGCCAGCGGCCUAUGAGGAUGCAACGGAAGCGCUGCACUGGAUCAAAACCACCCCAGAUGAUUGGUUGAGAGACCAUGCUGACCUUUCAAAUACUUUCCUCAUGGGCAUCAGCGCGGGGGGUAACAUAGCCUACCACGCAGCACUUCACGCCGACGUUGACCGUCUCCAUCCGUUGAAGAUCCAUGGGCUGAUAUUACAGCAACCGUUUUUCAGUGGGACCCAGAGGAGUGGCUCCGAGUUGAGGUUGGCGAACAACCCCGCGUUCCCACUGAGCUGUUCGGAUCUGAUGUGGGACUUGUCGUUGCCUAUUGGGGCUAGUCGUGACCACGAGUAUUGCAAUCCGACGGUAGGGGACGGUUGUAAGAAGUUGGAUCGAAUGGCGGUUGGGUGGAGAGUUUUGGUGACUGGCUGGGAUGGGGACCCAUUGAUCGACCGUCAGAUUGAGGUGGCCAAGAUGUUGGAGGAAAAUGGUGUACACGUGGUGUGCCAUUUUGCUGAAGGAGGUUACCAUGGGGUUGAUAUUAUUGACGCCUCCAAGGCCGAGGCACUGUUUGUGGUUGUUAAGAAUUUCAUAUUUUCUCAAUCGGCUAGUUAGAAAAUGGUGGUUGCUUGCUUUUUAUUACUUCUGAAUGUUGCAAAAUAAAUCAUAAUGAUGUAAGAACUUCUAUAACGUAUGUCAAUAAAAUGAACCACAAUGUUAUCGAUA